AUGCAGAGUUGUAUCCCCCAACUUCAGUUCCCCAAUUUCUGGAAUUUCCUUAGUGAUAUGGACAAGUACCAUUAUAACUGUCUACGAAUGUCAAUCUCAUCUCAGUACUCAAAGAACAUUAGAAAUAAAAGAGUUGAAAACUUUACAGAGAUUAUCGACAUAAUUAAGCGAUAUUGCAUUAGAGGACAACCAGAUGAUUGGAGGCGUUGUCUUGUUUGUGGUGUAGCAUGGCUUCAUGAAGGCAUUGCUAUUAAUACAAGACAACUCAGAUUAUUAAUCUUCAAAUGCAAGUCGUCAAUCAACGGAUCCCUCCAUAAAAUGGGAUUUACCGUCAAUAUUGGCCGUACAGAGGCAGCAAAUGCCCUUGUAAUGGCAAUUCCAAUAUUAAAAGACAAUACAAACGAACUCAGACAAUGGACAGUUAGACAGACAGGAAAUACUUGUUUCUCGCCAAUUUCUCCACCAAGCUUAAAUCAUUCAAAGCCUCAAAUCAACUCUGCUCUUUCAAUUGAGUGCCCCAGAGACCCACUCCCUGUUCCAGAAAUAAACACAGUUAGCACAAAGGUCAUCGAUCUUCCGCAAGAACCGAUGGAUAUCGAACCUCCACUCGUUCCUAGUAUAAUUGAUUCCUAUCCAAAUGACAUUAUGUCAUACUCUACAGAUCUUUGGUAA